UUGUGCAAAGCUGUUCUGCAAUUGAUAAUCGCUCGAGACCUUGAGAAGCAACAACCAGAUGGUGGGUCCAAAACUCCAAGAACUGUUCGAUUCGCCGUUCUCCUUGCGUGCUAUCGCGUAGCAGAGACGUGGCCUGAUAUUGGCUACGUCGAAGGCUCUCCGAACGAUCCACAGAACGCUGGAAUGAUGUCUUCUGCAGUACGACCCACGCACUCAACAUGCGAACUUUGCAAAGAUAUGAGAUCAACGUCCCAUCUUUGUGAUCCAGCGGAUAUGUAUCUAACAAAACAUCGAUGCGCUAGUCAUAUAAUGAGAAGAACAAACAGUUAUAACCCUGAAAUGGUUUCCGAUCAGAUGGAACGGUUCGAUGCACGGAUGGACCAGCUGAAUUCCCAACCGAUAACGGUUAGUGAGUCUGGACCUCGCGAACGUCGCCACAGCAUUUCAGUACCAACAUCGUGGGCGACACUAGCGAGAGGCAGAAACGGAUAUGAACGAUGUUGGAGCCUGCACAACGAGUAA